AUGGAAGGUCUUAAUAAUGAUUGCGCCCGCUCGCUUGACAAGCAAAUUGUGCCGUGGAGCAGGCAGACGUGCAAAUUGAGCCAGCACUUGGCGAAACACGCGAUCUCUUUGCGGCGUCGGCGACCGUCUUUCGGCUUUCACUCGAAAAUGGUAGCGAUUUUUCACGAGCGAUCCAAAUUGACUUGUAAUGGAGUGUCUAGAAGGCUGGAUAGACAACAGUUGCGCAAGAUUAUUGGAGAUGGAAGAUUUAUUCAAGGUUUGGAAGCCAUGCCUUGGUGUUGGUACAUGGUGUCUUCUACCUUUACCUUAACACUAAAUGAGGCUUGA